CCACCAAUGAUCGCUCCAUCCUCCAGAUCGCCACCACCGCGUGCGCCGCGCCGCUGUCUGUCCUCCGGUGGCUGACGUGUGCCCGCCGUGCCGGCAGACACCUCCGGAUGGCGCACGACACCGACUGGGACGUCGAGAAGUACCGUAACGACCACGAGCCGCCGGAGCACUGGCGCUUGUGUCGGACGUUCAUGGAGGCGCACAAGGCCUCCUACCCGCAGGCGCAGCUGGUCUGCCUGGCGCAAUGCUUCGCCAACAUGGAGUUCCUCGGUUGCCGGUACCCGGACGAGACAAUGCGACUGGUGCGCGAGCUCUCGGCCGGCAUCGCCGACGACUACCGGCAGCAUCGGCAGCAGCGGACGCAGCGGACAUUCGUGCGGGCGUCGGACGCGGCCGAAGCGAAGGUGACGCGCAAGCGGAUCGCCUACGACACCGGCGGCGGCACGUCCGCUCAGUCCUACCGGCUCUGCGAGCGGUCGGAGAGCGGCGGUGGCAACUCGGCCGCCUUCAUCCUGGUGCAGUACGGCGAGGCUCGCGUGGACGAAUCGCCUGUCAGCCGGCUCAUGUGCUCGGCCGGCUUCUGCAAGGUGCCGGUGGCGUUCGAGUUCGUCGGCGACGGCGGCGACGAGGUGGGCGCGGCGGCGGCGCCGACCCGCGUGGCCGCCAAGCAGGCGUCGGCGGCGGCGGCGCUGGCCGCGCUCGAGCGCCGCUGCUACACCAUCCGGCUAAAGACGCGUGUGCUCUCGGACGAGGACGUGGCGCGCGCCGAGCUGGCUUCGGCCGACGGCGAGCAGCCGGCACCGGCCGCCGCCGCCGCCGACAGCGUGGGAGGCCGCCUGCUGGCGCUGAUGGGCUGGACGGGCGGCGGGCUCGGCAAGAGCCAGCAGGGCAUCACGGAGCCGGUGCGGCUGGAGGAGGUGGUCGGCCGCCAGGGGCUCGGCUCCUCUGCGCAGCGCGCCGUCACGCGCGAGUUCAAGAACAACGCGGAGAUGCGCCUGCGCGCGUACGCGUCCAAGUUUCAGGAGAAGGAUCUUUCGUUCAGCGCCGAGUUCAGCAUCGAGGAGCGGAAGGAGAUCCACACGCUGGCGCGCCGGUUCGGCCUGAAGAGCAAAAGCUACGGCAAGGGUGACGAACGGUGCCUGGUGGUGUCCCACAAGUUCAACCCGUACCACCUGCUGCAGUACCUGAUCGCCACCGGCGGCCACACGGACAAGUACGAGCUGAUACCACCGAAGGCGGACGAGCCGACCUGACCGCAGUGUCGGAUG